AAACAAGCAGACGACGCACAUGCGCGCUGGAUUCGUCUGUCUGUUGUGAAGAACCGAGAGAGAGAAAGAUGACGCACUCGCAACUUUUCCUCAUGGGGUCUUAGGAGAUCUUCAGUCUUGAUUUGAGCCUAGAUUCAUCUUUGUGAUUUGUGCUCAAAAGGCUGAGACCUCUGCUGUUAGGUGCCAAAAUUUAUACAACCCCAGAAGAUGAGCCUGUUACCCUGAAUGAUGAAGUGCUCAGCACAGGAUGUGGCUUAUGUUGAAACUCUGAAAUCUUUUUAUGGAACUCAAGUUGUUUAGUGGCCUGAAUAUGUGGUUAACUGCAGCGAUGUCUUCAUUAUGACUAGGCAGAUUCUGGCAGCAAGGUCCUUGGUUUUUGCUGUGUUGCCCUACCGUCCAAUUCCCAUCCUUAGUCUUGGAGCCCAGUAUGCCAUGGCGCAAAGGAGUCGGCGCCAGAUAUAUGAAACUGCCUUCGACAGUAAGCCUUCAUUGUGCUUCCGCCAGGUGGAGAAGAAAAAUGAGGACGGAGGGGACCUGAUAGACCGCAUUGCCAACCAUCCAAUUCUGCAGUUGCUAAACCUGCGCCGUCGUUCUCGACAAAAUGGUCAGAACAACAAUGGAAACCACCGGUCAAGGACGUUGUCGAGCAAUGCAGUUGCAUCUACCUCUUCAGAUCCCAAGUUUCAGGUUGGUGUGUACACGCCAAAAGGCCGGCGUCGUGACCAUGGCCGUGGCAAGGUUCCCCGCCCUGCGAGAAGUGUGUCUACGCACCACAUCACUGAACAUCGUGUCCGCCCCAUUGGACUAUCCAAGAGCGAUGAUGAAAUUCUCAAUCGUGGCUCCGACUCCCUGGAUGAGGACGACUACAUUGAGGAUUACAUUGAAGGUCAGAAAACGAAAGAGCUGUCAGCAGAUUUAAAAACAUUGCACAUGCACAGUGAUGACUAUUUCAAGAAAACAGAGAAAGACAGAAAGAACGCCAAGAACAGGAGGACAGAACUGAAGAAUCGUGCUGAACUUAGCAAAUCUCAGGCUAUCCCCGUUAAACUGCCUUUAAGACCCUUAGAAUUACGAAGCCCCCCUGGUACCGCUCCCUUACCAAUCAAGUUCUGCAAGAAAACUCCUGUUGCAGAGAAAAGUCCCUCCAGUUGGUUCAGUCCUCCAAGACAAAAGGAUCUCAAGUUGCCUAUUAAAAAGAGUUUGAGCAAAGAGUUACUGGGCCUCAGCAGAAAUACCCCUCCAUGCCAGAGUAACAUUAGCCUCAAUGCAUCGAUGGAGGUGCUUCUCGACAGCUCGUCCCAAAGGGAUAUCAAGUCCUGCUUUAUUCCUCCUGGGGUUAAUGUGAAGUACUCGAGCAUUGAAAGUGUUGUUACAGGUAGCACCAUGUCUAGCUUGGAGAGCCUGCGAAGUUCUAUGAGUGACGGUAACAAAAGCACAGCGAGUAAUGAGUCAGCAGUCAGUAGUUAUAAGAGUUCGUCCUUGGGAAGUGACUCAUCCCUCUUGUCCCGUCCCUUUUUAAACCUCUGUGCCCCACACCGGUCGCUCAUUCAGUCAGCAAAAUUCCAGAUUCUCUCUCCCAUUUCCGAUAAAUCACAAGAGCCUUCAUCAGAAAUGGGAGGGGCGUCACAAAAGACCUCCCCUCAAGAUCUAGCCGAAUUGAAUUCGGUCAUGGCACGUCAGAAGACUCCUCUACAGCCGAGAAAUAUCCAAGAAGAUUUCAGAAAUUUCCACCACAUUUUACCCGGACCUCCUCAGGAAGGUGAUGUACAAGGGUCUGAUAGUGGCAUAAGCAUUGAGUAUGGUUUGCACAAGAGUAGGAAGGAAGAUGCUCCUUUCAGCGAUCUGCCUUUCGACAUGCCAAAGCUUCGUCGACGUCUAGCAGCUGCCAAAGUAGGAAAGACUAGCCUUUCCAGCAGCAAUUCUUCUAUAUCUUCCAGUGGUGCCACUAGUGAAGGGAAUCCCAGACUAAGUCUUCCUCCAAACUUCCAACCUAAUAUGAAUCCUGCUGUUUCCAGGUUACAAAUAUCUGAAGCCAGAAGUGGCACUUCCUCGUCUAAUUCCAGUGACUGGGAUACACGGUCUUCAGCUGAUAGUAGUGAUGAUCAGGGAACGCCAAAAUUUAAAACUAAAGAACCUCAUGGUGUACGAUUUAAAAGUGGUCUAGCACUUGAUCUAGGAUGUGCUGCAUUAGCCAUUAAAGGAGAGAGUGUUGAUGUCAAACUCCCUCUCAUGAGACAAGGAUGGUAUCAUGGUGCAUUAAGCAGAACAGAAGCUGAAAGUACCCUUCGGUCAUGCGCUGAAGGUAGUUACCUCGUUAGAUCACUAGAUGCCUCAAAACAUGAAUACUCCCUAGGUCUAAAAUCUGCGCGUGGCUAUAUGCACCUUCGGAUACAGUUUGACUGCAAGACUGGCUGUUACAUGCUGGGGCGAGGCACAAAGCAGUUUCCCUCAGUGCCUCACAUGAUCCAUCACCACAGCAUCUUCAGGUUGCCCAUAAAAGGCGCUGAGCAUAUGGUCCUGUUGUAUCCUGUGAUUCACGAAACUCUCUAGUCAUUCCUCUUUUCAUCUUUCAAGUUAUUUUUGUGAAUCUGCAGCCUAAUUAGGCAAUCUCAUCUGAAGUUUGAUAAUUUAGUCAGAAGGAAGAAGAAAAAGUUUCCUUUGAGUUUUGAAACGAGGAAAAAGGAAUGACUUCAGGAGAUAAUGCUGAUUACGCUGUAGAUUCGAGACGCAACUGGUUGCCAAAUGAAAUGCCAAAAAGUUGAACUAUUCUUCCACUUAUAUCUGUAUUAAUUGUAUUAUGUAUUUUGAUAGUCUUCAGUAGCAGACGGAAACACUUCUUCUUCAUUAUCUACUAAAAAUAUGAAUACUGUAUUGUCAUUUAAUGAGUAUCAUAUUGUAGUGAUAUUUAGUAUCCAGGCCAAUUUUUUCAUAAAAUAUGCUGUGAAAUAUGGUACAGUAUUUAGUCAUCAUUUUAGAAAAAGUUGACACUUUGAUUACGUUUUUUUUUUUCGACUUCAAAAGUGCAUUGAAAAUCAAACUCAAAAUCUGAGAAAACCUAGCUAUCUCAGGGGUGUGUUUUGAUUCGUCAAACUUGACACUUGUAUCGCAAGAUUUUUGUUUUACUCUCAGUUUUUUGUACAAUUGAAACUUGAACAUAACAUGGAUCAGGGUAAGUUGCUUGGGAUCAGGGUGAAUUAUAUUGGUUAAGUGUCUUCAGGAACAUGUCAGUGAUAUUCGUAAAAAAUAUUAUAACUGGUAAUGGUUUUGUGUGGUAAUGGUUUUGUGUGUGCUGGGACAGAAGUGAUAUUCAGUACCAAAGCCGUUAUUUUUAAUGCUUACGGCUGGCUGCCACUUUGCUGAUUUGUUGAGUGCUGUCAUCAGAAUCUGUGGAUUCAGAAUAAAAUAAGAAAUGGAAAAUGCCUGCUCGACAGUCAUCUAAUGCAUUGCUCUCUACAGUGAAAUGAAAAGUUAGGCUGAGCUAGUCCAGCUCUUUCAUAAUUUUAAAUAUUUUCCUAUCAGAAGUGGCAUGAAAAAUAAUUUUGGUAUUGUAUUUGGUUUGUUCAUGAACUUAUAACUCUAAUUAUUGUCCUUGGGUUGAAGCAUAGGUUGUGAACUGUAUUCCUUGGCAUUCAGCUCUUAUUUUCUGUGAAAAAUUGAAAUUCCCUGCAAGUUUGAGCACAGACUGUAAUACCCAACACAGAUAUGUUUCCACAGUGGAAAGAAAAAUGAAUUCAUAUGAACAAAAAAGGUAAAAAGUAUGCUUUAGGGUAAUGUGCUGACACUACACAAAAAACCAAAAGUAGGAAAUUUUGUACAACAUUCAUGUGAAAGUCCAUUCAGUCACUGUGUGCAUAUGGAAGUUAAUUAUUCAUCCCAUCCUGUUACAAGAGUCCAUACCAGUAGCAAUUUGUAUGAAGUGAGCACUGUAACUGAAAAUAGCCAGCAGUGCUAAAGUAGAAAGUACAAGUACAUUGCUUCAAGCCCAGAUUCCAUUGAUUUCUUAAAAAAAAAAUGAGGAACAGUUCUGGAUAACUCAGUUACCGAGCAUUUUAGGUGAGAAUUAUACAACUAUAAAUAUUAAGAGAUAUACGUCUAUGUUUUUAUUGGUAUACCAUUGCAUUUAGUUUAUUUUUAUAGUAUUCAAAGGGAUGGCUAAAAAGUUCAUGAAGAUGACAGUAUACCAGUAGUGAGAGAUGUCGUUAUAAUUGAGUAUAAACCACAUCUAGCUAAAGCAUUUUAUGGUCCCACCUUCAUUCUUAUUUGCAUUUUCCUUUCCUCUCAUUUUUAUGGUCUCUUUCCACCCCCUUUUCAGUUUUUUUUACUUUUAUGUGGCUUGUUUCUAACUUCAUAUAUGGUGCUAAGAAAAAUUUCAUGGUUCUAUUAAAAGAAAGUCAGAUAAAGUCAGGAUUGAUCAUUUGAUCUACAUAAUAUUUAAGUGAUUGAACACAUUAAAUGGAUUCAGGUGAGACAUUAUGAGUAUUGCUCACAGGCAGCGCUGGUACACUGACGGCAUCAGUGAGAAAAAGUAGGGGACAGUAGUAUUACAAAAGAUGAGGUGCUUUCCCGAAACUUGUACAUUCUAGAGUAACAAAUUAAGGUAUGAGUCCCUUGGUGUGUUUAUGAACUCUUAAGAGGGUGGACUACCUCUAAAAGAAAAUGCAUUAGAUUAAGUGGCUAAACAGCCAAAAUGCAUGAAGCUGGUAUAGUGAUGCUAACAGCUAAAAGUUGUUUAAUGUAGUUUGAAUGCAAACUAAUACAUUGCUCAGUUCAUAUUGAAUGGGUAAGGGAAAAGGUAGGCCAUACCCUAAGGAAGGGGAUCUUUCAUCCUUUGUUUUAGCAGGAUAAUUGUAUCCAAUUUAUUAUCUGUCUAUUUUCGGAAUUAUAAUGAAUGGCUAAACUUGAGCAAAAGAAAGUUUUUACUAGUCAAAGAGCUAUGUAAGCAGGUUAGAUUAGUUUGUUUUUCAUAUAUAACUGGGCGAUUUGUAAGUGUUGAAACUGUGGGUAAUACACAAGGUUUGCCUCAUACAAGGACAAUACUGGAACAGAACUUUCCUUAUGCAUAUACUGUCAACACCAGAACUGAAACUUUCAAAGCUAAUGAUUCAUAGUACAACUCACUGAGAAUAUCAGCUAAUCAUGGGAACUGGAUUUGAAAGAAUGUUACCUCUUGUUUUUAUGUACACAUUUUUCUACUGAUGUUUGUCAAUGGUUUAAGAACUCUUUGGAAUUCUGGACUUUGGAAAGUUACUUGGUGGUUAUGUCACAAAGUAAUGAUUUAUUUUUGUGAUAUAGUAGGAAUUUCACACUAUUAGUCAUUCUUGAAACUAAUGGUUACGGUGCUUGUUUGGGCAAAUUCUAGUAAUUUCAAAUGUUAGUGAAACCAGGGAUGACAUCAUUGACAUGGAACCAAAUGUGUUGACUAGAUGCACAUGAAAGCAUGUGCCAUUUACUUCGAACUGAAUUACACCUUUAAGAUCCUUCCAGCAUCACAGAGCAUUUUGAAAUAAAUUGAGAAGUGAUAUAACUUCCUGUCUUGAUUAGAUUUAAUAUUUUAUGUACUAUUUUCUUUUCGUGUUGAUAUGACGGUGGUUAACAUGUAGAUAUUUAAAAGGUAGCCUUUCUUUUUUGUGUUUCGAUCUGUUUUCUAUGAUGUGUUGUCUAGGAAUCUUCAUAACCCAAUUACAGUAUUGUUUUGUGUCUUAUCUUCCAUUCUUUGUGCCAAACUUACGAUGUAGCACAGUGUUUACUUUCGAACACGCUAAAGAGAUUCAACAUUUGUAUGACCGUAUUAAAUUGUUAUUUUGUGUGAGGAUUAAUGUUAGUCAUUAAGAUAGAUUAAUAUGCUACUCUGAUGAAUUUGUUGUUUAUAUAAGUGAACUUUUAUGUAUUGUCUGGUACCUGAAUUAUUAUUAUUA